GGUUACCUGUGACUUCCCACUCUGCCAAGAAAACCCAAAUCGUCUAAACUUCAAAUUUCAAAGCUACUGUCUAGAAAGCCAUUCCAAGCAGCCCGCAACCAAAGCGGAUUCCCAUCAGCACAGCUCUGCAAGUGUUUUCUGUUUGAAGCAGAUCAAUGAAGAUUCCUGAUGCUUAGGGCUGCGACUCACUCUUGCAUUAAUGCAAGAUCAUUUUGUGAAUUGAAACUUUUAAUCUCAGAAUGAACUUUAGAAAAGACAUCCUGGUGUCCCGAGACUUUCUCUCUUUUUUUACGAAGUGGACACCGAUCUGUGACUCAUGUAGACAUUUUUUCCUAAUGUUAGUUUGGUAAUCUAUAAAGGUUUUAGAAGAAAAACAAAUCUCAAAAGAUCAUUAUUGUGAGCUCUCAACAAACCGAUUGAUUGCAUUCUGAGUCAUUCUCCAGUUUGAUGGGGUCCAUUCAAUUGGGAAGGUGGAGCACUGAGAGAGAUUAGCAUAUCCCCUUUCCCUCAAUCUGUGUUCAAGCGUGUCUUGCUUACUUUUUGCUUAAAGAGGGGGCAAGAAGAGGGGGUCGUGACUGACAUUAUAAAGGAAAAAUAACAGCAUCGCCUUCUUGGUUUGCAAAGGAUCUGCGUCUUCACAAGCUGCUACAAAACCACAGGCAACAACGGGGGAAGACCCUCAGAAGCAUUUAGUGGAGAUAACAAAGAUUGGGAUUUGUUUUUCUUUUUGAAAAUGAAACUUUGGACUUUUCUCCCCUUUCUCUUUUGGUUAUUGGUUUUAAACCUUGCUGUGGGAUCCGAGUGUGGGGCACCUCGGAGAACGGGGAGGUCUAAAAGGGACUUGGUGCGCGUAAGGGACGCUAGCAACUCCUUCCAAGGGGCUUGUGCCACCAGGUUGCCCCGGGGCAAACGAUCCUUGCCCGGAAUGGAUCGGCGAUUGCUCCGCCAGCAUCAUCGCUCCUCCCAGCCAGCGGAGAGCUCUCCCAGCCGGGGCAAGGCUGUUUAUUUUACCGGGAAAAGGGACCAGCUGCGGUUAAAGCCGAGUACAGAGAUACCAAGAGGAAAUUUCACCCUAGAAAUGUGGAUCAAACCCGAAGGGGGGCAGAGAUCUCCGGCAGUAAUUGCAGGGCUGUAUGACAAAUGCUCCCAUACCUCCAGUGACCGAGGAUGGCUUCUUGGAAUACAGGCAGUGAGCGAGCAGGGCAACAGGGACCCACGCUUUUUCUUUUCCAUGAAAACAGACCGAGCCAGGAAGGCAACCAUCAUCACUGCCAACCAGAGGUACCUUCCCAACCAGUGGACUCACCUAUCGGUGACCUACAGUGGGCAUCAGAUGAAGCUCUUUGUGAAUGGGGCCCAGGUGGCUGUGAGUCGGGAACAAGUAGGGGAAAUAUUCAGCCCUUUGACCAAAAAAUGUAAAGUCCUCCUAAUCGGAGGGAAUGCUUUGAAUCACAACUACAGGGGCUACCUGGAGUAUCUGAAUCUGUGGAAGACAGCACGGACCCACAAGGAGAUAGCUGCGGAUAUGAAGAGUCGCAUCUGGGAGCAAAUGGAUGAUCUACCUGAACUCAUUCAUCACGAGAACUUCCAAAAAAUAGCCAACAAGUGGGUGAAUGUCAAAGAUGGAGGCUAUCCGUGGGCAGAGGAGAGUUGCGUGAGCGGCGGGAUGUUGGAUACCACCCUAGAGCCCCCCGUGUGCGGGCAGACCAUCUGUGACAACGUGGAGGUCAUCACCAACUACAACAAGUUCUGGAGCUUCCGCAAGCACAAGGUGGUCCGCUACCGGGUUGUGAACGUGUACGACGAUGAGCAGCAGAGGCCGACCGUCACCAAGCAGCAGAUCGACCUGCAGCACCAGCACCUGGUCACUGCCUUCAGCAAGCACAACAUCACCUGGGAGCUCAGCGUCUUGAACAUCAGGAACUCCUCCCUGAGGAACCGCCUCAUUCUGGCCAACUGCGACAUCAGCAAAAUCGGGGACGAGAAUUGCGACCCGGAGUGCAACCACACGCUGACGGGAUUUGAUGGAGGGGAUUGCAAAAGGCAGUGGUACAUGCGCUACUCCAAGAAGUCUGGCAAUGGGGUGUGCGACAUGGAGUGCAAUGUGGAGCCACAUAAUUACGAUGGGGGGGACUGCUGCAAUCCCAACAUCACAGACGUCACCAAGACCUGCUUUAACCCCAUGUCCCAUCUCAGGGCAUAUCUGGAUGUCAAAGAGCUGAAAAGUAUUCUGAAGCUGGACGGCUCGACACAUCUCAACAUCUUCUUUGCCAACUCUUCUGAUGAGGAUCUGGCGGGGAUGGCCACUUGGCCCUGGGAUAAAGAGGCACGAACGCAUUUAGGUGGCAUUGUGCUGAACCCUUCCUUUUACGGGACCUUUGGCCACACCCACACGAUGAUACACGAGAUUGGCCACAGCCUGGGUCUGUAUCACGUGUUCCGGGGGAUCUCGGAGAUCGAGUCCUGCAACGACCCCUGUCUGGAGACCGAGCCCUCCCUGGAGACGGGGGACCUGUGUGCUGACACCAACCCCACCCCCAAGUUCAAGCACUGCCGGGACCCUGAGCCAGGCAACGACACCUGUGGACGCAGCCGCUUCAGCAACACGCCCUUCGACAACUUCAUGAGCUACGCAGAUGAUGACUGCACUGAUUCCUUCACGCUCAAUCAAGUCUCCAGAAUGCACUGCUACUUGGAUCUUAUCUACCAAUCUUGGCAGCCGGGCACAAAGCCCGCCCCCAUCGCCAUCGCUCCUCAAGUGGUGGACCAGACGGCAGAGGCGCUGACAGUCGAGUGGUUUCCUCCAAUCGACGGGCAAGUCUAUGACAGAGAAGUGGGAUCAGCAUGUGACAGAUGCAUGGAGGGUGGAGUUCUGAUGCAGUACGCCUUCAACGCCUCAUCUCCCAAGCCAUGCGCCCCUUCUGGAAACUGGAGUCCCCGCCAAGCAGAAGGUCCCCCCGAUGUGGAGCAGGCCUGUGAGACGAGUGUGCGGACGUGGAGCCCAUACGCUGGGGUGGACCAGCAGACUGUGCCCCCGGCCUGUCCUGAACCCCAGGGCUGCAUGCUGCAGCUGGAGUUCCGCUACCCUCUGGUCGCUGACUCCUUGACUGUCUGGGUCACUUACAUGGAAGGUACUGCCUCUGGAGCCGUCACCAACAUCAAGCUGCUGACCGUGUCCGGCAACACGGUGCCCCUCGGGCCCCAGACUGUCUUCUGCGAGGUUCCCUUGACCGUGAAGCUGUCUGUGAGUGAGGAGGUUUACGCUGUCCAGAUCUACACCAUGGACGAGCAGCUGGAAAUCGACGCCGCUCUGCUUAGCUCCACGCCACACAGCCCCCUCUGUAUGCAGUGCAAGCCCAUGCAGUACAAAGUGAUCCGGGAUCCCCCCUUUCCAAACAGGCCAAGCGUCACGGUGUCAGACCUGAGCCGGAGAUACGUCGACAGGGAAGUGGAGCCUGGUUUGGUCUACACGUAUCAAGUGCUUUCUGUCUUGAGGUCAGCCGAGAGUGAGCCCUCCCCAGCUCUCACACAUCAGCUUGGAUCUGCCUACUGUGGAGAUGGGCGCAUUCAGAGACAUCUGGGGGAGCAGUGUGAUGACAUGAACAAAGCCAACGGAGAUGGCUGCUCCAGACAAUGUAGAAAGGAGCCAGGGUUCAACUGUGUCGAUGAGCCUAGUCAGUGUUAUUUCUUUGAUGGUGACGGGGUCUGUGAGGAGUUUGAGAGGCAGACGAGUGUGCAGGACUGCGGUCUCUACACUCCCAGUGGCUUCCUGGAUCAGUGGGCCUCCAGCGUGGAAACCUCGGAUCAGAACAACCCGCACUGCCCCGCACAGGUCAUGAUCGGAUACCCGGCCGCCACGAAGGUUUGCCAAACCAAAGUAUUUGAUCUAAGUGAGGGGGUCUCCCAGUAUGCCUGGUUCCCUUGUGGGGAUCCUGCCCAACAGCAGUCCUUGAUGAGGUCCACUUACUGGCUGAAGGCUUAUUUUGCCCAUCCAAUGGUGGCAGCUGCAGUCAUUAUUCACCUGGCUGCAGAUGGGACCAGCUUUAUGGACCAAAGUCAGAAGAGCAUUACAGUGCAGCUGGUUGAUACCAAGGAUCAGACUCACGACCUGGGGUUCCAGGUUCUGAGCUGCCGGAACAACCCCCUGGUCAUCCCAGUCAUUCAUGACCUCAGCCUGCCUUUCUAUCGGACGAAAGCCAUCACCAUUGCCUUUUCAUCCGCGUAUGUUGCCAUCUCCGGGGUGGCCCUGCGCUCCUUCCAAAACUUUGACCCCAUCACUAUCAGCAGCUGCCAGAACGAUGAGAUCUACAGUCCCACGGGGCAAAGUUGCGUUCAUUAUUCUUGUGAGGCCACUGAAUGCCAAGAGCCGCUCAUCAAAAAUGCAGAUCUGGACUGUGUCAGCCGGGAUUUCUUCAACGGUGACCAGUGCACUCUGACCUGUCACCGAGGCUAUGUGCUGCAGCUGCACCGGGACGAUGACAUCAUAAAGAGCCAGUCGACGUCCACAGUGACAAUGACCUGCACAGAUGGGAACUGGAACAAAGAGGUCACCUGCGAGCCUGUGGACUGUGGAAUCCCAGACAAGUACCACGUUUACCCGGCUGCUUUCCACUGUCCAGAGGGGACCACGUUUGGCAAGAAGUGCUGGUUUCAAUGCAAGGACCCUGCCCAGCUUCGAGGGACCAAUAACACUCUGGCCUGCAUGGAGGAUGCACUCUGGUCUUUCCCCGAGGCACUCUGUGAGCUCAUGUGCCUGGCUCCUCCCCCUGUGCCCAACGCUAUCCUGCAGACCUCCCGUUGCCGUGCCAACGGACACAAGGUUGGCUCCUUCUGCAAGUACAAAUGCAAGCCAGGCUACCACAUCCCCGGCCUCUCCAAAACAGCAAUAAAGAGGGCAUUUAAAACUCAAUGCACUGAGGAUGGCAGCUGGCAGGAAGGAGCUUGUGUUCCGGUGACCUGUGACCCCCCGUCCGCAGUGUUCCACGGGCUGUACCAAUGCAGCAACGGCUUUAACUUCAACAGCGCCUGUCGCAUCAACUGCAACGAGGGAGGGAACAAAACUAAGGGACCAAAUAACAACUUGAUCCGCUGCAGGAAGGAUGGCAACUGGAGCGGCUCUUUCCAUAUCUGCAAGACGUGGCAAGGAGAGUGUCCACUGGCACGCAUUCCCAACCACAGCGUCAGACUCAACUGCCAUGAGGGACACGGCAUAGGUUCAAAGUGUGUGCCAUCCUGCAUAGAUGCCAACAGCAGCCCGGUGGUGUUACCUAGCAACAUGACAUCACAGGAUGUGGAGCACUGGAGGAACCCCCCAAAAGCACAGAGUGUUGUCUGCACUGGGGGGCUCAAGUGGUAUCCUCAUCCAGAAACGGUUCACUGCAUCAAAGGUUGUGAGCCAUUCAUGGGCGAUAAUUACUGCGACGCAAUCAACAACCGAGCCUUCUGCAACUACGAUGGAGGAGACUGCUGUGCCUCUACGGUGAAAACUAAAAAGGUUAUUCCCUUCCCUAUGACCUGUGAUCUUCAAACAGACUGCUCGUGCAGAGACCCUGCUGCCCAGGAGAACAGCAUGGCAGGGCAGCAGCGUUUCCUGGGCUGAGGCAAGCCUGGGGGUCACGGCAGACUGGGAGAGCCAUACAUUCGUUUUACAUGCUGCUUACAGGAGGCCCACUCCACUCAUAACCAAUCACACUGUCAGAUGUCGACUGGUCUGCCUUUCUUUUUUUCACCAGGAAAAAAAAAAGACUAAAGUGGGUAAUAACAUAACAAAUGACUUCAAAGAAUGAAUGAAGCAAAGCCUGGAUAGCAUGUUGUUGCAUAUAGUGUUGUGCCUGCUUUAGUAGCCAUUGCUGGCUGUGCUAUAACCUUAAACAACUUUUAAAGGACGACAAAACACAAGACAACAUCAUCAACAACAACAACAAAUGCAUAUCCAACUCAAGUCAAAAACUGUUCUCCUCGGGAUGCAGAUUUUAAAAUGAUGGCAAAAAAGUACUGGAGGGUGAAUAAACAGCUCACAGGCAGACCUAAUUGGAGUCAGGUUCCUCAGCCUCUGGAUACAAGCUAUUCUCAGCCAGUGUUAGAAAGGUGAAAUGAUAUUGUUCAUUUCUCGACCACACUGUUUCAUUAGACGAGGGAGGGAAUUCAGUGGUGUUCUGAGAAAGCCAUGCUGAGCAGGUAGUGGGAUAUCAACCCGAUAAGCUGCUGUUAGUUCAGAAGUAGCAUCAAAUGAGCUAUGCCACUAAAAAUCCCUUCAAUUUACAGUACAACCUGUUCUCCAGGAUCCUAGACAACCUUAGCAAAACAGACACUAGUGUAGCUUAUCAGUAGCAAUCAAUUUUGGCUUGACCUAGGCCCAUUUGAAAAGGAGGCUCCUGACUUGAGAGAAAUGUCAGAGGUCAGAGAUUGGGGCUCUGGGGUCAAACUUGACCAAUCACUGAACCCACAAACCCCUCCCUCUCUCCCCACUGGCUUACCACUGAAGAACUGACCACCAAUUUUGGUCUGGAUGAGCUGAGGAGGGAAAAAAAGUGUGAGGAUUGUUCAGAGACUGAAAAACAGAUCGAAUGCAAAACAAUAAGACAAAGGGAUUCCGAAAGAGAGCCAGCUGUAUACGCGUGGCUGCUGCUGCUACUCUUGCUGCUAUUUACCACACAACUUUCUCCAAACCAUUGUAGGAAAGGAUGACAACAAUCCCAGACUUUGAACAAUCUGCAUUCAAGCUUACCUCUAAUCUUGCUUUUACCUAAGCUGGUUUUUUUCUUGAGUAUCGGCUAAACCAUACACCAACAGCCCCAAGAACUUGUUCUGAGCUCCACUUUAUACCCAUACAGUACAGUCUAGGCAGGGACUCAGACUGAUGAGUGGGAAUUGAGCAGGAGUUUAUUUAAAAAAAAAAAAAAAAAACAGUCCAAUAGACAAAUGUUUCGACAAGGUGGUGUGUGUAUUUAGUGUUUCCAUUGUUUUUAUUUUUUAUUUAAUUAAUUUUUUUUUUUUUUUUGUAUGGCAUUGAGAAAGACAUCCAAACAUCUGUCUACUGGACAAAGUUUAUUUUAUUGUGGAUAUGGAUGAAAAGAAAAACUUUGCUUUUAAGAUUAACUGGUUUUAUAAUGCAGUAUAGACUCUCUGAAACAAACAAGCAGCAGCACUGUGGUUGAAUGAUAAAGUAGGAAGCAUCUCUUAGAAAACACUGUGAAUUGCUAUGGAGAACUGAUGAGGCACCUCCUCACUGAGCUUUGUCCCUGAGUGAACUGUGAGCAGGCAGCUUCCAAACGAGAAGUGUUCUGAAGAAUAAAGGCAGGUGUACAAUGAUUUCUUCCGUCCUUUAAGACAGAUGCAUUUCUAGUGUUCUAGCUAUAGGUAGCAAUCACACUCACAGUAACCAUUUCUUACAAAUGUUCAUUAGUUUGGUUACUGACUACAUUCAGCCCUGGCUGAAUGUAGUUAGUAAUCUCAGCUCAGUACUAUACCUGCACUGACAGCAGUAGUGCUGGCCUGCCCCCCACCUUUGUCAAGCUGUUUCUCAUCUCAGCCAUUAUUUUCUAGUGUUAAAACUGUAGUUUUCUCUACAUCUUUAUAGCGACCUCAAGAAUGUAAUAAUAACAAAUAUACAACAGCAUACUCAGUGGAGAUAACAGUAGAGGAAUAUCUUUGUGGGCAGUCUGUAUUCAGUUGUCCACAUGUCAUAAUCACACACUAGGCUAGUUUACAUUCAGUCGAUGGGGAUCUCUGAAGAGCUUCUAUGCUGCGAAAGGGUUUCAAUUGCAAAGUACAGGACUCUUCUCUCUUGGCCCAGCAGUAUCCAAGUCCAGCCUCAAAGGAGUUUCCAGUUGAGCAAUGGCUGCUGUACUACAGUGUUGACUAACUUCUUCUUUUAUUCAAUGCUACUUUUUCUUUUUGUUCCUUUUUUUUUUUUUUUUUUUACUUGGAACAAAGCCUAACACGGUUAGUUUUUGCAUCAAUUCAAUACUGUGUUAAUUAUUGUGCAAACACUUUUGCACCUCAUUAUUAAUCUGGAUCAUUGUCUUUCUUUCUGUAGUGGAUAGUGCAAGUUCACUUCAGUUGGGCAUCCACACCAAAGCUGAAGCAUGGAAGCCAGAGAGGCCAUUAGCUUUAAAACAGGUCCUGUUGCAUUCAGAUAGUCUCACAGAGCCUUGAACUUGAUUGAGGCACACAAGCCCUUUCACGGGCUGAUGCAGUAUCGGGGCCUGGACCUCUCCCCAGGUCUUUUGGUGCUGAGGCUCAUGUGAAGUGUCUUGUUCACUGGGAUGGUGUUCUUUGUGUAGACAAGUAAGAUCAUUGCUUGUUUUCCUAUGAAUUCCUGAGCUGCAUUUAGUUACAUUUGAAUUGGGGGCUGUUUUGAGACACUCCCUCGCAG